GUUAUUCAAAGCUUCAAGUUUAGCGCCGUUGGUCACUUUACAUGUCUACCGAAUAUUGUCCCGAACAAUCACCGUAAGACCAGCUAUCAAGCUGACAAUCUUCGUUCAAACACUCCAAGAUACCCAUUUUUCAUAGUAAUGUCAGCUCCUAGCAAUUCCAAAGCUCAAUCUAGCGAUGCGUCAUCAAUGUCCACUUCGGAUCCAUCAUCCCUCCGUGAACGAGGGGUCUAUGAAGCGUCCGGUGACGAUGACGACUCUGUCUUUACUGUGGUGGGAGAUUGGGACACCACGCCUAGCCCUAUGGGCUCUCAAACAGACUUGUCAGGUUCCUUAGAACAAGACAUGUCCGAGGCCCGUCUUCGUCAACUGUAUGACGAGGAAGAAAUUGAACGUUACCUCCACCUUUUUUCUGCUUAUGUGACGGAAGUGAGACUACCAGGUGCUUUGCGUAGCACAGGGCAAGUCAAAGCCAAGCCACCAAGUACCAGUCCCCUCCACCUUCCACGACUACCAAAACCACCGCCACUCCCUCCACGGCCAUUUGGUCGUACCUCCGAACAAGCGAAACUGCCUAUACCUCUUCCACCCACCAUCUCCCAGAGACCAUUGGAUCCCUCCUGGUCCGAGCAGAUCGUCUUUAAAUAUAUACUACCAGCUCUUCCGCCGAAACCUCAUCCGCCGCCAUCCUUCGCUUUAAAGCGCUUGAAGCUCACUAGCCAGCGUUUUUUCCUCGCAGUAGUUCCUCAUUACCAGGCUUUUUUUCUUUCCAUGGCAAAAUUAGCAUUAUGGAAAGACCCACAGCGUAGUGGACUAUACUGCUCGGGGUUCUGGAUACUAUGGUUAUACGAUCUCCUUCUCCCGGCACUAAUGUUUCGAAUCUUGUGGGAGAUGCUCAGCCGGAGACUCUUGCCAUACCCCACUCUAGAAUCUUUACAGAUGCGGCGAAAAGACUCCGAACGAGCUAAGGAGUUCGGAGACGAAAUUCAAGAACGCCUAUCGACACCUUCAGCGGGGCCGAAGGAAUUAUUUCAGCUCUUCAAAUCCUACAGAUCCACAGCAAAGAGUAAAAUCAAGUCCGUUGCGAAGGAAAUGGAGGCACUUGAAAGCAGUCCAACUGGCGAUGGUGGCGACGCUGACGAGGAUGAAGCAGCUACUGUUCUUGAUGACGAUACCCAAGAAGAGCAAGACAUCAAACGAGAUCUCCUGCACCUUCUUAAUACCGUCGCUGACAUUCACGAACGGAUCAAAAACGUUUUCAUCUGGAGACGACCGGCAGUCUCCCGAAGAUAUGCAAUCACUUUGGCUGUUGUGUCUUUCUGCACCCUGAUCAUUCCCGCGCAUUACUUGGCAAAACUUAUAUAUGGCAGCUGUGGGAUAUUGUUCUGGCAUGCUACUCCUGUGUUGGCUGCUCUGCCACCAGGUGCUCGAGCCAGACUGCCUGGUCCGUUGACUGAUGCCCCCACCGAUGCCGACUAUGCUAUAGAAAUAAUCACACAGAGGAUUGCUAGGGGCGAAGAAAUCAAGCCUCCACGCAAGCCUCGUUCUUCAAGUGCCCGUGCUAAUAGUGCAAACGAAGCCGACCCCCUGGCCAUCCCGUCAUCCGACACAUCAUCCAAAGGCCAGAUGCAACCUAAUGAUGGUGUCGAUUGGAAGAAAUGGGGAGCACGUGUCGCGCAGGGCAAGUCGCUGCUUAGUGAAGGCAAACAACGCAUUUCUUCGGGACAAGUGAAUACGGUCGGUCUGACGUCCGCGACUUUACGAGACGAAGAAACACAUACAUAUCCUGCACACCAUACUUCAGCGCCUGGUCUAAUUACACUGACCGCUACCACAUUGUACUUCACAGCUCUCACAUCGCAACAAGCAAAAUUAAUCUUACCUCGCGAGAACCUCUGCGGCGUGAAGAAAACCGGUUUGAUGAAAGGGCUUCUGAUUUCCUGGGUCGAGGGCGAAGAAGGGCACGGAACAGAAAUAGAAGAGAAGUUUCACUGGGUCGGCAAUCGAGAUGAGCUCUUCGCGCGCCUCCUUGGUCCAGAUGGUGCCCGAUGGACGCGAAUCUGAAGGCUCGACGCGUCUGUGGCUGAAUUGAAACUCAGAGAGCUCCGCGCAAAGGACCAUAUCCUCAGCGGCGUACACACUCGUAUCCUUCCCCCCACCCAUAAUUUAUUUGGUCUCUGCCUUUACUCACCUUUCGUACGUCUAUUGUAUGCAUUGCACCUAUUGAUAUCCUUGCCAUUACUCGUAACCUUUUUGCUAACUUGAUUUUGUCUUUUUUUCGCUCGCUCAUUCAACCAAGGACCGUAAACUGCAGAAUGUUUUUCUCUACCGAACUGUUGUCCAAGAGGGAUAGCGGAUUCGGUCUUCUUUGGUGCCGUUCUUGUAUACUUCAUUGACGAUAUAUCUCAUUGCUUGGUAUCCCAAAUACUAGGCUGGCCGCAACGCUUGGCUCG